UCCUUCAUCAACCCAUCCAUCCAUCCACCGAGCGAUCGACUCCCACUCCCAGAGCUCCGAGCUAGCCAACAAUGGCGUCCUCUUCGCUGCUCGUGGCGCUUGUGGUGGCCUCGGGGUGCCUCUUGGCCGUGUCCGGCCAGAAGUUCAACGCCAUCUACAGCUUCGGCGACUCCAUGUCCGACACCGGCAACCUCUGCGUCAACGGGCCCCCCGCCGGCCUCACCCUCACCCAGCCCCCCUACGGCGAGACCUUCUUCGGCCGCGCCACCUGCCGCUGCUCUGACGGCCGCCUCGUCGUCGACUUCCUCGCUGAGAAGUUCGGGCUGCCGCUGCUGAAGCCGUCGAAGCAGGGCGGCGCGGACUUCAAGAAGGGCGCCAACAUGGCCAUCAUCGGCGCCACCACCAUGGGCUCCAGCUUCUUCCAGUCGCUCGGCGUCGGCGACAAGAUCUGGAACAACGGGCCCCUCGACACCCAGAUCCAGUGGUUCCAGAACCUCCUCCCCUCCGUCUGCGGCUCAUCGUGCAAGACGUACCUGUCCAAGUCCCUGUUCGUGCUGGGCGAGCUGGGCGGGAACGACUACAACGCGCAGCUCUUCGGCGGGUACACGCCGGAGCAGGCGGCCGGGCAGAGCCCCACCAUCGUGGACGCCAUCGGCGCCGGCGCCGAGAAGCUCAUCGGGCUGGGCGCCAUGUACAUCGUCAUCCCCGGGGUGCUCCCCGUCGGCUGCUUCCCCAUCUACCUCACGCUGUACCAGACCUCCAACGCCGGCGACUACGACCAGUACGGCUGCCUGAAGCGGUUCAACGCGCUGUCGGCCCGCCACAACUCGCUGCUCCAGAGCAAGGUGACCAGCCUGCAGGGCAAGUACCCCUACGCCAAGAUCAUGUACGCCGACUUCUACUCCCACGUCUUCGACAUGGUCAAGAGCCCCGCCUCCUACGGGUUCAGCACGAACCUGAGGGCGUGCUGCGGCGCGGGCGGCGGCAAGUACAACUACCAGAACGGCGCCAGGUGUGGCAUGUCCGGCGCGUCGGCGUGCGGCAACCCGUCGUCGUCGCUGAGCUGGGACGGGAUCCACCUGACGGAGGCGGCCUACAAGAAGAUCGCCGACGGCUGGGUCAACGGGCCCUACUGCCACCCGGCCAUCCUCUCCUAGAGCGAGCGAGCGAGCUCCGGCUAGCCUGUCGUUUGGUUGCUUCCUUUCCUUCCUCGAAGCUGGGGAGGGAAUGGAUUACUAUUAUUUUUAGCAGGGAAGAAGAAGAAGUGUUGCGAGAAUAAGCAUCGAUUUGAUUAAUUCUCGUGUAGUUUGCGCUUGGCGGUUAUUUAUGUGUUGGAUUGAA